CCUUGUUCUUCGCGUCCUUUCCCUUUUGUCUCGUCAUCGGCCUCCGGUGAAGGAAAACCCUCUUCCAAUGCAGUUCUUCUCCUUCCACUACAUUAAUUACCUUUCUAUUUGUCGGCCGCUCGGUGGCGGUCAUUGUCGUUCUUCGUCCGGUCAUUAUGACGCCGCGCAAUCCCUUUUCUUUACUUCCCUCCCUUCUCUUUUGUUGCCUUCCUGGUUCCGAAACGAAAAUUUCAAGCAGGAAUCCCCCGACCUGCCUUUCUCGCGUGCAUCCCCUCUUCAUCCUAUUUGCCUUUCCCGUCUCCUCCUCCCUGGUCCUGGGGUUUCUUGCUUCUUGUUGGUCGAGGGUUUGACGUAAGGGAUGGAUCCCGGGGAAGGGAACGGCGAGAAGAGGGCGCUCGACGGGGAAGAUCUUGUCUCGAACAAGAAGCUGAGGAAGAACCGUUUCCAUGUGCGGGUCCUCCAAGAUGCCUUCUAUGGUUCGUGAGAUCUGAAUAUUUAUUGUGCAUCUCGAGUGGUGGGUCUUCGAUCGGUUUGUCUUCGAUGCGAAUUCUUGGUUGGGAUUUCAGUUAGUGGAACGGGGCACAGCACCCGUCUGCUGCGAAGAAGGCGGAGCUUGCUGACCAGACCGGGCUCACGCUCGAACAGAUGCAGGUGUGGUUUGCCAUUAGGAGGGCCUACGAUAGCUGCAGACCGUGGCAGAGGAAACCCUCGGAUGAGAAUUCCAUUGAUGAUCCAAUGGAAGGUGCGAUUGUCCUUUCUUUGCCUGCCCCCAUGAUGGUAAGUCGAGAUGGUUGCCGGUAAGGCCACCGUAGGUGAUUGGUCGUUGACCGCUUCAACAAGUGGGACACAGUCGCCUCCUCCAUCAGAUGACAUGCAAGGUGGGAGUUGGGCCAAUAGCCUCGUCAUACUUUCUACCGUCUAAUAAACAAAAAGAAUACGUUUCAAGUUGGGUAUUGUAAACUCGAGAGGGAAGCAUGAUUGUGACCUCGAACACUUGUUCGUCGGAGUGGGGAACUGCUGCAGAAGUUUUCCGGCACCUUUACGAUUCCAUUUCUCAUUGACAUCGUUGCCUAUGCAGUUUUGUGGUCCUCUGCUUAUCCAUCAUUUCAGUACCUGCCUUUUCCUAUGGUGUCAUUUGAAAAGAUUACUAGAAUUGAUGAAUGCCACAACUGUUAUCCUUAAUAGCACUUAAUCACUUGUUUUCAGAUGGAAUUAGUGGUUUUUAAAUUAAGAUCCACAAGAUGGUAUAUACAUAUAUAUAUAACAGAUCCUUCUAUCAACCUACUUCCCAGGAUUUAUUAUUUAUUCAUUUAUUUUUUCAUUUGUGAAGGUGAAAAUGGACAAGGUAGUGUGCUCCGAAGAACAAUGUGCAGAAGGAUAAAUCUGACUGUUGACAACCGAGUGGGAGAAAUAGGAGGCAGUAGUAACUUGGGGUCUUGGAAAAGCAUCAAGUGGUGGAAAAGAUGUGGAAAGUUGGAGCUAAUCCUGGGGCAAAGCGUGGAGAAUAUACUAGGGUUACAACACUCCAAACGCUACAUUCCAAGCUGCUACGUAGUAAAACAAAGCUUUGGAGCGAAGCAGUGGCAUCAGAAUCCCCAGGAUAAUAUCCAAGCCUUGUACUAAAGUCAGCUCACAAGCCGACGAUUCCCCACCCUUCAAAAAAUUCACUCCUCUUCUCUCUCUCUCUCUCUCUCUCUCUCUCUCUCUCUCUCUCUAUCUCUCUCUCACCCCUUUUGCAUAUGAUCCAUCCAUCGAGAGAUUGUAAGCAGUAGUUUACUGAACAAGCAAUUUGAAGCUCACUGGACAGUCAUGGUGCUUCGGUAGCAGAGAUGCACUGUAGCCGGAAACAAAAAAGAAUUGUGUGCAUGUAUUUGAUGCACAAGGUUUUCCUCUUGAACUUCCUGUUUCCCCACGUUUGAGUCUGAGGCAUCCGAGGUGGGUUGUCUGCCGAAAGGUCGCUCGCCGAUGGGUUUGCAGAUCCGGGAAGAGAGAGAGAGAGCGGCACACACCAUGGACAAGUAUUCCUUUUCUUGUCCUAUCCGCCGUCGUGUAGGCUUGGAAUUGCGGGCUGGUGGCAGCCACAUGCAUGCCGCGUUACAAGGAAUCAGAAGAGAGAGAGAGAGAGAUCGUCGUGCUAUCUAUUUACGUCGGUCCUAUAGGUUGUGUCUCAUCCCUGUGAAUGCUCUCGUUGCGGAGAGAAAAGUUGGCGACUUGUCUAAAGGAGAUUAGAAGGAAAGGAAGGAUGUCAGGAGAAGCGAUCUCAAAGGCCUUCGGAUCGAUGCAACCGUGUCUGGACUCCAAUCCUCCUGCGGCAAAGAAGAAGAGGAAUCUUCCGGGAACACCAGAUCCUGAAGCUGAGGUGAUCGCCUUGUCGCCGAAGACGCUCUUGGCCACCAACCGGUUCGUGUGCGAGAUAUGUGGGAAGGGCUUCCAACGCGACCAGAAUCUCCAGCUCCACCGCCGCGGCCACAACCUGCCAUGGAAGCUGAGGCAGAGGAGCAGCAAGGAGCCGAGGAAGCGGGUCUACGUGUGCCCCGAGCCCACCUGCAUCCACCACAACCCUGCGAGGGCGCUCGGGGAUCUGACGGGCAUCAAGAAGCACUUCUGCAGGAAGCACGGCGAGAAGAAGUGGAAGUGCGAUAAGUGCUCGAAGCGCUACGCGGUGCAGUCGGACUGGAAGGCGCACUCCAAGACCUGCGGCACCAGGGAGUACCGAUGCGAUUGCGGCACCCUUUUCUCCAGAAGAGACAGCUUCAUCACUCACAGAGCUUUCUGCGAUGCCUUGGCCCAAGAAACCGCGAGAGUGACAGCAGCCUUCAACAACGUGGAGUCUAACAUGCUGCAGCAGUUCCCAAUGUCCCAUAUCAAGCCCACCGUCGUCCAUGGCGAAGCCGACCAAGAGGUCAAGCAGCGGCUUGCGUUGUGGAUGGGACAUGGAUCUCGGACCAAUGAUCCCUUAGAUAAUAACACUGUCUUCGGUGACAUGCAUCAAGUCGGCCCCGUGAGCGCUGCUGCAACGUUGUAUGGUGAUCUCCUCAACUCGUCCUCCAACCUGCACCAACUGGAUCAAAGCCAGUUGAGUUGGGUUUACGGCGAAAAGCUCCCAUCAUCAUCGAACAUGGGAGCCAUAACAAGUGCCUCGUUACCAGCUACAAGCACAGUGACGGAAGCUGAGACCUCGCAGCCUCUUCUCGGAAGCCUGCCUGCGUUGUUUAGCUCUCAACAGCGUCAUCUGAUAGCAGUAUCGGAUACAUCUGCCACAGCGUUGUUGCAGAAGGCUGCGCAGAUUGGUGUGACUUCCAGUAUCCCAUUCACAGGGAGCUUCGAGUCACCGAAGGGCCAAAAUGCCAACGUCCGCGACAGAUUUGAUGGACUAUUCAGUUCAAGGAGCCAACCAAGCAACCUCGAGAACAUUGUGCCUAAUUUUGCAGUGUCGAACACGUUUGAUGUGUACGCUGCAAGGCACGGAAGCCCGCGGAGGGAUGAUAUUGGAGGCGAGACGAGAGAUUUCUUAGGUGUGGGGGUGCACACACUGUCCCAGCCAUCGAUUAAUGGAUGGAUCUGAUAUGAUCAUGAGCAUAUAUGCACGCGAAUCUGUUCGGGGGAGGGGGUGGGCAGGAAAGAACAAAAGUUAGAGAGGGAAACCCUUGAGAUGUUUCCUGAGGGAGCAUGAAAGGUGGUAAGGUAAUGUGUGCUUUAUGGGAGUUGGAGGAGGUGUGUAGAGAGAAAAAGGUGGUAAAGUAAUGUGAGCUUUAUGGGGAGUUGGAGAUGUGUGUGUAGAGAGAAGCAGUGAUUGUUCGAAGUGGUAGGAGAUCCUUGCAUAUUCUUAUGGACCCUAAAGUCACUCCAUGAGAUGCUGCUGCUUUUGUUUUGGAAAGAAAGUGGGCAACCAGCGCCUCCUUUUUAUC